AUAAACGUAAAAUUGAUAUUCAUAAUUAGUAAUUAUAUUUAACAGCAAUGAGGGUGUUCUAAUUUGUCUGAAAGUGUUUUCAUUGUCAACAUCUGGUUUUAGAUCCUUAUAACUAUAACAUCUGAUCAUGAAACAAUGGAGGAUUUAAAUCUUUAAAGUACAUAUUUUUUAAUCAAUGUGUUUAAAUAACUUACUAGUGUGUAGGUUUGUAUGUAGGUAUGCUACUGGUCUUAAAGUUUCGUCUUGAGGAAAGAUUAUAUUAUCAAACAUGAAAAUCUAUUACCAAGUGAAUUUUCUUUUCAAAAAAUGAGAUUAUUAGAUAGCUGGAGUUAGAUCGCAAACAAACUGGAUUUUAAUCAGCGUGACACUUCCCUAAGGGAGACCGAGAGAUAUGGGAUAUAUGUAUAACAGACACGUACUUCAUUACAGGGAUCGGACGGUAACGGAUUCGGACUUAAUUGAAAUGAGCUAUAGUCGUGAAAGUGUACCUGUGCCGUGUUGCCAAGCUUGUGUUCACCUGUCGAUUUUGCUGCAGUUGGAGACCGGUGUUCGGUGUAUACGCUUGAUACACAAGAAUGCUCUUUUAAACGUGGGUAUUUAAACCGUAAAAUGACCAACAGCUAUUCAAAGUGUGCUAUUCAUGAUACUUUCGGAAGGAGGGAAUUAUGAACGCCGUCGCAGAAAGACCGCCAAUAGUUGCAGCGGCUGGGAGGAAGGGGCACCUGUCACCACAGAGGGACGGGAAGACAGGGAGGCGGAGGCCCGAGGGUGAGGAAGAUGACCGGCGACUGUUGGACUGGAGGGGGCACGGUGGGAGGCACCCUACCCAAAGCAGUGUGGAGUUUGAUAGGCAGUUAGACAAAGUCUCAAUGUGGAUGGAAAAUUGGAGUCACUCACAGCGAUGUCAGCUGAUGGAGAACCUCCUGAGGCGGAGCGGUCAUAACCAGUUCCAGUUCCUGUAUACCGUGAUGCAGCCUAACGUCCACCGUGAUUUUAUCUACAACGCCAAAAGUCACUUCCCGGGAAUGGACUUCAAGUCUGUUAGUACACCUGCCAUGAGAGAAGCUCAGAAAAGGGACAGGGAGAAACAAAAUGAGAAGCGGAGGAGACUGAAACUGUAUCGCCAGGACAAUUAUUUCCGUGAGAAGAGUGCUCACCUGAAGGACGACUCGCAGGUGUCCUACCUGGCUGAGGAACAUAAUGAGAUGGGACUGAAGCUACCCCAGAUCCCUAGUGGGGUCAAAACCAACACUGACAAAGGAACAGACCUGAGUGUGAUCAACUUUAAAUCUAAACAUAAAAAGAAGGGAGCAAGCUUUCCUAAAAUCAUUACAUCUAACACCUUACCGAAAAAUCACAAAAACAAACUAAAACCAGCUGUCUCCGUGAUUAACUCUGAGGAUAUGUCGGCUGUCAACUCGAGUGCUCCUGUACUAAGGUUCAUUGACAUGCCGAUCCGUCGUCACAUUCAGGAUGAGGGAAACAUGCGCUACCUGGGGUCAUCCCUUAGCUCCCUGCCUGUAUCUACCCGUUACACCCUAGAAUCCUCUGUCAGCUUCAUUUAUGAUGAUCAAAAUCAGCCUCAGAAAAAGAAAACGAAGAAUUUGCUGGACGAGGAGGCGUGGUCUGUUAUCCACUGGUACUUGGAUGAGUGGUCAGAUGUAAGGAGGAAUGAAUUUCUUCACAAAUUUCUCCUCAAGCUUGAUCCCCGACAACACUAUUUUAUAUCCAGCUUUUUAUCGAUGCGACAGUAUCGGGAUUUCCUUACUAUGCUCCCAGAGCAUAUAUCACUGAAGAUAUUGGACUACAUGACACCUGAAAAAAUACUCAAGUGCAGUUUGGUGAGUAAGGCAUGGUAUGCCCUGGCUAACUCUAAUAAGCUAUGGGGAUGGAAGUGUGAGGAGGUCCAACUCCUGGUGCCUAUCCCUACGAACCCAUGCUGGAAACACAUCUAUAGGGACAACAUGCAUCUCAAGAUGAACUGGAACAGUGGCAACUGUCGUACACUUGACCUGAAGGGACAUUCUGACAUAGUGGAGGCGGUGACCUUCAACCAUCGGUUAUUUGCAAGUGGUAGUCAGGACAAGACCAUCCGGAUCUGGGACAUCAAGACUGGACGUCCCCUUCAGGUCCUUAAGGGCCACGAAAAGGGAGUAUGGUGCCUUAACUUCUUCACAGAGACCCUACUGGUCAGCGGGUCUUAUGAUGGGACCAUCAAGGUAUGGAACCUUCGGACAGGGAGUACUGUCCGAACGAUGCUUGCCCAUGACGGUCCAGUGUGGGCAAUGGUCCGACACAACAAUAUCCUAGUGACUGCCUCUCAGGACAAAACUGCCAAGAUCUGGAACAUAUCCCGAUGUUACCUAAUACACAACCUGUAUGGCCACACUGAGGCGGUGUUUGCUGUCGACUUGAGUGAAGAUGGCACACUCACCAUAACAGGCUCGGCUGACCGGACGCUGCGUAUCUGGGACACAGCAACAGGUGUACAGAAAAAGUUGAUCUGGGUGAGCCAGAGUACCUCCAUCAUGGCGGUCAGCUACAGUAAGGGUUACGUGGCCUGCAGUUACGGAGAGACAAUAUGUCUAUACAGACUUGAGCGGCCAAAACUAAUUAAGACCUAUGAGGAGCACGAAAAAAGGAUAGAGACACUUGAGCUGCAGAUGAAGGACACAAAGGAAGUGACCGGUACCAUAAUCAGUGCUGGUCAAGACGGGAUGGUCAAAUAUUGGGAUGUACAGAAAAACACAAGUAUUCGUACCUUCAAAGGCCAUGUCGGAUCUGUAAAGAGCAUUCGCUUUGAUGAGCUAAGAAUAGCGACAGGUGCUAAGGACAAAAUCAGAAUAUGGGAUUUCACUUACCAGGAAAAGAUAGACACAAAGAAAAGGAAUGUUGAUGAUGAAAGUUUGAUCUCAAAAUCUCCCUCCAAAGAUGUUCACGGAGCUUCUGCAGGUUCUAAUCAGGGGAAGGAGUUUCCUGGAACUCCAUCUAAACCACUCAAAAUAAAGGUUCUUCAUGGGACCCCUGCAAACUCUCAAAGAGAAAAAGAAGUUAAAUCAUCCAGUUCACCUAGAGGAAAAGACGUUCUAAGACCUAGUGGGAAAUCUAAAGGAGCUAAAGAAACGCCUGAAUCGCCGACCAGGACACUUCAGGUCAAAGAUGGGAAGGAUAUUCACAGAACUAGUGGAGAUCCUGAAGAAUCUAAAGAAACGACUGAAGCACCGACAACAAUACUGCGGGUCAGAGAAAUUCUUCCAGAAGUUAUAGUGACAGAAAGUAGAUGAUGUGGCUCCCUCUACCCAUAUUAGUGGGAGAUAACUCUAUUUUCACAUUUUAUUUUGUACACACUGGAUUUCUUUUCAGUGACAUUCAGUUCAUCACAAUACACGUGGUGUCAACUUCGAUCUUGAAAAUAUGAUAUUUCAUUUUCAUCAUAACGAGGGACAAAACCAACCAAUUAUCUUUGAGAAUGUUUUUUAUUAUUAUUUUCUGGUGCAUUGAACAUAGAGUGUGCAUGUAUUUAAGCCAGUUUUGUAUAAAGUAUCACUAGUCACUUAAUGCUAAACUAAAGAGUUCCAUAAUAAAUAAGACAAGUAUUUUUACUGUUUAUUGUCCAGAUAGAGAAGGCUAUUUAAAACAGGAUUAUACGUCUAGUUUCCUCUCAGGACCGUUCAACUGACACAACAGUGAACAUCUAGAUGAGGAGAAUGGUGCAGUCUUCAUGCUGUCAAAUGAAAUACCUUGUAUGAAGGAUUAGUUCCAAUACUAAAUGUUUGGAACAUUUAUAGAUUUUAUCUGAUACUGUAAAUGGUUUAUUGUAAACAUGCUUAGCCUUUUCUGUGCUUAAAUUAUCAGUCAUGUUUAGGCAGAUAGGUGAUCAUGAGAUGUCAAAAUGCAUAACUCAGUCUUAUUAUCCCCAAAGGAGAUUAGUUUCCUUUAAAUGUUGUGCCUGAUAUUUCAUUAUCAUCUCACUCCAUUUGCUGAUUUAAUAAUGUAUGUUACAUGUUUUGAAGUAUUUCAAUGCUAAACAACAACAUAUAAUGUUGGCAGAGUGAUGGCAUUGGUCAUGUAUUGGAGAAACUGUAUGUUGUAUUAUACAAAGCGAUCUGUGAUAUUUACAUGACUUAAUAUAUGAGGACUGUCUUUAAAAUCCAAGAUUUUUUUUCUUAGAAAGAAACCCAUGUUUUCCACAUAAGCAUAUUAUGACAGUAACUGUUCAUUAAAAAGUAUUUUCAAAUUUCAAGGAAAUAUUUCAUAAAAGUUUGUGUUCAUUCUGUUGAAUUUUGCUGUAUAUGUCUUCCUGUAAAAAUGUGUCCCCUGAACUAUAUUUGUGAUACUCUAAGUUCUCUAACAUUUGGUGAAUAUUUAUUUUCAUGAUUGUAAGAUACGAUAUAUUAAAUCAUUAAUUCUUCUGUUUAAUGUCUAUAUCUGGCAAGAGGUUUGUGAUUUAUAAUUGAGGGAGAUCCCAUCAGUAUUACAGUCUGUCUUUCAAAAUGUUUGUAUUAAUGAAGUAUAUGAUAGAAAAAACAAAUGUUCAUCAGCUAGAUAAAUGGUAACUGAUACAGUUAUCAAAACACAAUAGUUUACCUAUUGAAGUUAAGAGCACAUGCUACCCUAAUUUGACAUGCAUUGUCCUUUCCGAAAGAUUUACCCUAAGAAACCAGUACAAUAUCUUUUAUGAAUGGCUAUGUGGUCUGAAUUAAUGGACAAUCCAUUAGAACGGCACGUCGGGAUACAACCAUGGAUACUGUAUUUGUAAUUCUGUAUCAGAUACAGACCAAUAGAAAUUUAAAAACAAAAUAAGAAAGUUAACUCUUAAUUGCAGUUUUGACAUGAGAGUAACCUGUUUCCUUAAGUUAGCAUGUUAGAUAAUCAGGUGAUAUGAAGUUGACUGUAAUAAAUAGAUUCACUUGACCUAAUGCCACAUAUUACUACAUGUUUUUUCAUUAUGAAAGUGCUAAAUUGAUUGUUAGAAGAAGUAGUAAAAGGGCUAUGAUCAGGUAGGCAGUUUAUAACUGACUCAGGCCUUCAUACUGUAUACUGCUGUUACAGACCUGGUAAUACUAUACUACAAAAUCAAUAGUUUACCACCUCUUAGACCUUUUGUAAUAGCAUCCAUUUCAUGUUUUCUAGGGUAUACAAAGCAACAAAUAUUACCCAAACUAAACAAAAGGCCCAGAGGUCCUGCAGUGCUCACCUACACUGUUAUCUAUAUGCAAGUUAAGCAUACUUUGUUUGCAAACUGGGUGAGCAUAACCGCUGAACAAGUUUUAUGAUCACUUAGUUACAUGUUGGUCAAGCUUGUUUCUUUUUAUGUCACCAUAACAGCUAUAUUACUCACAGCAACAAAAUGUCGAAGUUUGAUCUUGAAUGCCUAUCUUUUAGUAAGCUGUUGAAGUAUAAUUAACAUAUUUGGCCCUGGUGACUGUGAGAGUAUGCCAAGGUACUCCAAGUCCAUCCAAGGUAACCACUACUUUGAUAUUAUGCCUUAUGUCACUCAACACUAUUUCAAAAGCAUUUUUGCACAUUAUAGCCCAUGUUGAUCUUUGACCCUAGCGAUUAAUUAAAGUUGACAUUUGACCCUAGCCAGUAAUUAAAGUUGACCUUUGACCCUAGCCAGUAAUUAAAGUUGACCUUUGACCUGACACAACAUUUCAUGCCAUCCCUGCACCAUACCAUAAGCUCAGAGACACUUGUUGCAAGGUGAGCUAAAAGCGAGUUGAGUAGGAUAUGUAUUUGACCUCAAUAAAUCACAAUCAUCAAUGAAGAUGUAAUUAUAUGACAUAGCUGUUUUUGUGUCACAAAUACCGACUUUUCCAAACAUAAAAUACAAUAACACGUACAAGAUUUUACUGAUGUUUAAUUCUAAGUAAAUGGUAAUGUAUUAUCAGCUUCAGAUGUCAAAAUGCAAUCCACAAUACAUUUUAGAUAAUUUGUAUACUCUUGAAUAGAUUAAUUGCUGAAAGUUGUUGUGCUUUGAUUUCCUAUGUAAUAUUGACUGAAGUAUUGGUCUCUUUAUCACCUAUCAUAAUAUUGAUUUUGUAACAAUUGAAUAAAAAAUCAUGAAAAACCUGCAUCAAACAAUUUUUCCAUGCAAAAAAGGAAGGACCUGAAAAUAAGCCAUUGAUGCCAGCAGGACUGCCAUGGAGAUAAGCCUGGGAUUCCAUAUGGAAAAUGAAAUAGGACACAACUGAUAGAGAUCUUUGGGUAAUUGGGUAUUUUGUAUUAGCAGUCAGUUUGCCAGACCUAGGCAUUCAUUGUAAUGUUCCUAGAUCUCUUUGAGCAGCAUUAUAUAGAAAGGAUCUUGCCAAUGUCUUUCACGUUUUACGGAAUAUAUAUAUAACAUUAGUUGUUACACUGUACACAUAGUAUUUAUAUUUAGUAUUUAUUGCACAUUUAUUUGUUUAUAUCGGAUGUUAUGUCUCAUCAUGUUUCUGGUUCUCAAACAAUAAAUUAUCAUGAUAUGCAUAUGGCAUGCUUUUGUACUUUUUACACCCAUUAAAUGGAU